AUGUUCUUCCGCUCGUUCGCAUUUGCAGCUGCGCUGCUCAGCAUGGCGCAAGCGCAAGCUGUGGAUGUACAGGUCGUCUACGUGGGACAGAACCCAGCGAACAAUGUGACGGGUCUCAAGUACUGGCCCGAGAACAUCAAAGCAGAGCCCGGGACCAUGGUCCAGUUCCAGUUCUGGACGGGCAACCACACCAUCACACAGUCUUCCUUUGAUAAGCCUUGCACCCCUUGGACGCCAGCUGCGAACGAAUCCAGCACCCAGAUGGAAGCCAUCAAGAGCGGCUUCCAGCCCGUGGACGCCAGUUGGAUGGAUGGGAACAUCCCCACGUACACCGUCAUGGUCAACGACACGAAGCCAUUGUGGUUCUACUGUGGUCAGGGCGCCCAUUGCCAGAACGGCAUGGCCAUGGUGAUCAAUGAGAAGGCGGAUAGCGGCAAGACCCUGGCAGAGUACAAGCUGGCAGCGGCCACUGUCGGCGACGGCGACGGCGGAUCCGGUGGCUCGAGAGACGACGAUGCUAGCGACGGGUCCGAUGGUGGCAGCUCAGGAGGCGACACUGGCAGUGGCUCUGGUGACGGCUCUGGUGACGGCUCUGGCAGUGACUCUGGUGACGGCUCUGGCAGUGACUCUGGCGACGGCUCUGGCAUCGGCUCUGGUGACGGCUCUGGCAGUGGUUCUGGUGAUGGCACCGACGGCGAAGACACCCCUGGUAACAUUCCCGGCGACGCUGAUCAGGUCGGCAACCCGAGUGCAGCCGCCACGGCAUGGGCAUGGACCACUUCGAUGUUACUGGUGGUCGGCGCUGCUGCGGCACUGAUCUAG